AGAAAGAAGAUCGAACAAAUCUGGAUACAGUGAUAAUGCACAUUGACAUGGAUUGCUUUUUCGUAUCCGUUGGUUUGAGAAACCAUCCCGAAUUGAAGGGAAAACCUGUGGCAAUUACUCAUGCUAAAAGUGGGGUUAUAAGUAACGCUGAUCCAAAUAGACAAGCUAGUAGAGCCAGGGAAUUUGAAUUGUACCAAGAGAGACUACCUGAAGGUGCCACGUCCAGAGUGGUCGAUUUAACCGAUAAGAUUGAUGGUUUGGCGUCAAUGUCUGAGAUAGCCAGUUGCAGCUAUGAAGCCCGACAGAGAGGAAUAAAAAAUGGGAUGUUUUUAGGCCAAGCUGUGCAGUUGUGUCCCGAAUUGAAAACUCUGCCUUAUGAUUUUGAGGGUUACAAGGAGGUCUCCCACGCGUUAUACAACACGGUAGCCUCCUAUACACUAGACAUUGAAGCUGUAAGUUGUGACGAGAUGUACGUAGACGUCACGCAAAUUUUAAAUGACACAGGAUUGACAGUUGAGGAAUGGGCCAUCCAUAUAAGAAACGAGAUAGUCGAUAUAACAAGGUGUCCUUGUUCUACAGGGUUUGGAGCAAAUAGACUUCAAGCUAGAUUAGCUACGAAAAAAGCCAAGCCAGCAGGACAAUACUACCUUAAACCGGACGAUGUCGAGAUAUACAUGUCUGACAUUCUAGUUGCAGAUUUGCCAGGUGUGGGAAGAGCUACUUUAGCGAAAUUACGUAAUUUGGGAUUAAACACUUGUGGAGAUUUACAGAGAUCUUCUUUAAAAGUUCUACAAUCAGAACUGGGAAUUAAACUGGGAAAAAAAAUCUAUAACCAAGCUUUCGGAAGAGAUAAUAAAGCUCUGGAAUUUGAUCACGAAAGAAAGUCAGUAUCUGCUGAAAUAAAUUACGGAAUAAGAUUCAAGACAAAGGAAGAAUGUUACAGUUUUCUUCAAAGCCUUUCAAACGAAGUGUUCAAUCGUUUAAACGAUAUAAAAAUGCGAGCAAGAAAUUUAACACUGAAAUUAUUGAUUAGAGCAGAGGGCGCUCCUGUGGAAACUGCCAAGUUUCUUGGUCACGGCGUGUGUGACGCCAUAAGCAAAAGCAGCAACUCAAACCUCCUGUACACCAACCCCGAAAUAAUUUACAGGGAGGCCAAAAUAAUUUAUGAUCGACUUAACAUACCAUUUUCUGAAUUAAGAGGUGUAGGAAUACAGUUAACGAAACUUGAAAAAAUAAUGCCAACAAAUAAAGCUAUGGCAAAUUUUUUGAAACAAACAACCGUUGCAAAGAAAUCUACUAGUGAUUCAGAUAAAAUAGGUGUUGAUGAAUAUCAGGGAAGUUCUAGUAAAGAUACUGAAAAUUUAGAAAAAAAUAAAAAUAGUACCCUAAUUGAUAAUACAAUGCCCGAUGAUAGUAAAAUUAUUGAUGUUAAAAGUGAUAAACCCAGCUCAAAAAAAAUUAAUACAAAUUUUAGUAAACCUGUUAAAUCGCCAAUUAAAACGGUUUCUGCAAAAUCAAGAGGAAGACCAAAAGGAUCAACAAGUUCUCGAUCAAGAAUAUCUCCAAACGGCAAUACCUCUAUAAAACAUUUUUUACAAAAGGGUGAUAAAAGUAGUAGCAGUCAAGUUGAAGAAACCAAUAAAGAACGCGAGUUAGAGGCUAAAUUGUUGGAACAAAUUGAUAUGACUGUACUGAAUGAACUACCUGAAGAGAUUAGAUUAGAAGUUCUACAAGAAUAUGGAAUUACCUCAACAAAAUUCAACACGAUAAAAAAUAACACAGUUGUGACUGUUAAAAUGAAAACAAGCGAAAAAAAUUCAGAAGAAAAGAGAACAGCAUCGUCUGGACACUCUCCGUUUACAAAUCUUACCUGGGAACAAACCAAGGCUGGUAUAAAAGCAUGGGUGAAAUCGGAGAAUAUACCAUCCGCAGUAGAUGUAGAUAUGCUGGGUGAUCAUUUGAGGCAGUUGGCAUUGGACAGAAAAUUGGAAGUUUUGCAAACUGGAUUUAACUUCCUCUACAGGACAUUUUCAACAUUGGAUUGUGCCUGGCAUCAAGCAUAUUUUUCGAUAGUAAACAACGUGCAGCAAGGAAUGGUCGCGAGGUAUGGAAAGACUUUAUAUUUAGUAACAGCCUUUCAUUGUUGCCAAAUACAUUAAAAUAGUACCAUAUGAUCGAAAAAAUACGGCGUCCAGUUGGCUUGGAAACGACGAUCGAUGACAUUCCCCAUAUAAUUUGACAUGUAAAAUGACAGCGAUCUUCA